AUGGAGGAUGACAGGAUUAGUAAGUUGCCUGAUGGAAUCCUCGGUCAUAUUAUCUCAUUUCUCCCAUCUGAAGAUGCUUUUGCAACUCGUGUACUUUCUAAGAGGUGGAGGCCACUAUGGUUUUUAUAUCCUAGUCCCAAUCUUGACUUUGAUGAUCAAAGGUUUUCCGAAAAAGAAGAACCAUACAUUAGCUUUAAAGACCUGGUAAAUGUCACGAUUAAAGAAAGAAGUGACCACCAACCAAUCAAAAGCUUUCGCCUAAGAUGUCAUGAAUCCCAUGAUAGCUUUACGGGUAAAUUCAGUGCAAUGUUAUUGUUAAUGGCCACGGCAGAAUGCAAAAUCGAGUACAUCGACAUUCAUAUGUCUGAUAACUGGAAAUUGAAUAUCAAUUGUUUUCUUUUUUGUCUUAGUAACCUUGUUGUUCUAAAGUUGAAAUUUGUAUGCGUGAAUCUUUUUAUGUCUGCAAACCUUCCGUCACUUAAAGUUUUGCAUUUGAAUAGUGUUUAUUUUUUCGAACACGGGUGUAUUUUGGAAAUUCUCAAUGCUUGUCCAAUUCUUGAAGAUCUGGAAAUGAAGAAUUUAUCAACGGGGUUUUGGUCAUAUGAGUAUGAUGAAGAGGUUAAAAAAUUUACCAGUUUGAUCAGGGCUAAUGUUUCUAACGUGUCUAUUUAUGAUGUUUUUAUGGAUGCCUUUUCCAAUGUUGAGUUUCUUCGGUUAGAAGAGAUGUAUGGGGCUGUUCCUGUGUUUACCAAUUUAACUCAUCUGGAGAUUUUCUUUGGAAUAUAUAUUGACUGGAGUUUUGUAUUUUAUAUAUUGGAUAAUUGCCCCAAGCUUCAAAAUUUUCUGCUUGAUAUGCCGUUAACACCAAAUAUUUACCAUCUUGGGUUUUUCCCAAAUAUUUUGACCCAAUGCCUUUCUUUGGAGUUUAAAAGUUGUACUAUUACAAAUUAUAGAGGAGAGAAAGAUGAGUUGCGAUUUGUGCAACUUAUGUUGCUGAAUUCCAUAUCUUUGGAGAGCAUGAGAAUCCACUGUUUGUCUUCUUUGAAUUCCCAGGAAAAGCUUGAAAUACAGAAUAAAUUAUUGGCAUUCCCUCGGAGUUCUGUUACAUGUGAGGUUUAUGUUGAAUGA